CGGGAGCGGGAGCGCGCCGCGCGCACACGCCUCAUUCGCGCCUUAUUCGAGGAGCAGCUGUAACUGCAAGGAACUCGCUCCAAAUGCGCUCGCGCGCCGCUUGUGCUCGUCCUCUCCUCUGCGGAUGGCUUUCUAAAUGUUCAUCAUGUUCUCUUGGAGACUGUAGGAGGUCUACUGUGGAUGCAGCUAAUGCUUUACUGAAGAAAGCUAUGGCACAACACCAAACAAAUCCUACUCUGUAUUCAGUACAUUAUGUGUUUCCUGCAACCAGAAAUUCAUCAUCUCUUGGCCUGUGUAAGAAUUUACUAAAAUGAUUAGCUGCUUUCAGGGCUAAUUGUUUGUCUGGAUGAAGAUUGAGCUCUGGCUGGUACUUAUGGCAUGGAACACAAAUGGACUGUUUUGACAUACUUUUAAAAAAUCACUAAAAACUAAACCAACUAUAAUAUCGGUUCUGUUUCCUUGACUUGGAAGAGCCUUAUUGGGAUUACUGAGCUUCGGCUUGGAAAAACAAAACAAAACAAAACAAAAAAAAAACAACAAAAUAAAAACUUUUUCUACUUGGCCAUCUUGAUUUCCAAAGAUGUCUUUGUGCUUUCAUAUCUCCCUGUCCAAACUCUUCUUAGUGUUAGUAGCAGACCCAGAACUUUGUGGCCUUGCACCCGGUACAGCAGCGUGAACACGUCUUCCCAACACUUCAGCACUCCUGAACAACUGUGUGCUUAUUUUGCUUUUCCAUAUUCCAAACGAUGCCUCAGUCUUUUUCUAGCAUCUGCAGGAUUUUAAAAAAGAACUAGUUAUUGGAUUUAUUGAACCAAAAACUCUCUCAUUAAAGCACAUUUUCUCUGAUUAUUUUUACACAAUCCUUAGCAACACUGAAAAGAGAAGUUGUUUUUGAUCGUGUUCGCGAUCUUUGCCACAUGUAGAAGACUGAGAGUUGUCCAAAAUGGCUGCACAGUGGAGACAAAGGACAAACGCUCUGGUUGUGACUCUCGGAGUGCUGCACUGCUGGGGAUUGGGAUCCUGUUAUGAUCAGAGGACUAGCAUUCUCACAGAAGUCAAAUCUCUUGAAAAGCACUCAGUGACCCAUGAAAGAGUGAAGAGAGGAUGGGUGUGGAACCAGUUCUUUGUGGUAGAAGAGUACACAGGAACAGAGCCACUUUAUGUUGGAAAGAUCCACUCAGACUCCGAUGAAGGUGAUGGGUCCAUCAAGUACACCAUAUCUGGAGAAGGCGCAGGGACUAUCUUUAUCAUUGAUGAGGUCACAGGGGACAUUCACGCCACCGAGAGGUUGGAUCGUGAGGAAAAAGCCUUCUACACGUUACGAGCGCAGGCUCGAGACCGCCAGAGUGACGCCCCGCUCGAACCAGAGUCCGAGUUUGUCAUCAAGGUUCAAGAUAUCAAUGACAGCGAGCCCAAAUUCCUGGAGGGACCAUACAUCGGAAGCGUGGCCGAGCUGUCUCCUAUCGGUACAUCAGUAAUGAAAGUGAUGGCGUCAGACGCAGAUGACCCGACCUACGGCAGCAGUGCCAGGAUAGUAUACAGUGUUUUGGACGGAGAAAAGUUCUUCACUGUUGAUAGACAGACGGGAGUGAUUCGGACGGCCGUGGCCGAUCUCGAUAGGGAGACUCAGGACCGUUAUGAGCUAGUUGUCAAGGCAACAGACAUGGCAGGCCAAAUGGGUGGUCUCUCUGGUUCCACCACGGUGACCAUAGUGAUCACGGACGUUAAUGACAACCCUCCACGUUUCCCUCAGAAGAUGUGUCAGUUUUCAGUUCUAGAAGGCAUGGCAGUGGGCACAUCGGUGGGCAGGGUGAUGGCCACGGACGCAGACAUGGGCGAGAACACGGACAUGAGCUACCUGAUUAAAGACGAGGAAGGAGGAGAGCUCUUCAGAGUCUCCACUGAUACAGACACACAAGAAGCCAUCAUUAUUAUCAAGAAGCCUCUGGACUUUGAGAAGAAACGCACUCAUAACGUGGUGUUGGAGGCAGUGAAUAAGCAUGUGGAUCCACGCUUCGUGGACCUGGGCUCCUUCCGGGACCAGACCAUUGUCAGAGUCAGCGUGUCAGAUGUGGAUGAACCUCCAGUCUUCAGUCCACCCAAUGGAGCUAUUAUGGAAGUACAAGAGGAUGCCAAGCAAGGGGCCCUUGUGGGCUUUGUUACAGCUAGGGACCCAGACGUGGAUAAUGUCCCUCUUAGAUUCUCAAUAGAUCAGAGCACAGAUCAGGAGCAGAUCUUUAACAUUGAUGCAGUGACUGGUGCAAUCACUCUGGGGAAGCUCUUGGACAGGGAGACAGCAGGCUGGCACAACAUCACAGUGACAGCAGUAGAAGCAGAUAACCAGGCCAUGGCUUCUCAGACUGCAGUUAGCAUUCGUAUUCUGGAUGUGAACGACAAUCCACCUGAGCUGGCCACCCCAUAUGAAGUCUCCAUCUGUGAAGAUGCAAAACCUGGCAAGCUCAUUCACACCAUCAGCGUUGUGGACCGAGAUGAACCUCAGUUAGGCCAUCGCUUCUAUUUCACACUUGCUCCCGAAGCCUCCAGCAACCGACAUUUCACAUUGUGGGACAUAAAAGAGAACACAGCAGGCAUUAGAACACAGCGAUCGGGUUUCAACCGACAGGAGCAGAACGUGUACGUGUUGCCCAUCCUGGUUGUGGACAGUGGGCCUCCAGCUCUUAGCACAACUGGCACACUUACCAUCCAUGUGUGUGGCUGUGAUGCACACGGAGUCAUCCAAUCCUGCAACGCCACAGCCUUCAGCAUGGGAACAGCCCUCAGCCCAGGAGCUCUCAUCGCCCUGCUUGUCUGCAUGCUCAUUAUUAUCGUUAUUGUGCUGCUGAUUGUGACCUUAAAGCGCCACAGGAAGGGUCAGCGCAUGUGUGAGGAAGAGGAAGACAUGCGCGACAAUGUCAUCAAGUAUAACGAUGAGGGUGGAGGCGAGCAGGACACACAAGCCUAUGACAUGAGUGCACUGCGCAACCUCUACGACUUUCCAGAAGCCAAGAGCUCUGAAUCACUUCCAAAGCGCGUCCAAAACCAUGUGAACUCUGACAGAGAGGUAGCUGAUUUCUCCCUGUUUAAAGGCUACAUCCGGAAGAAGGUGGAGCAGGCAGACGCAGACCCAUCAGUUCCUCCUUACGACUCAUUUCAGACAUACGCACUGGAGGGCAGCGGCUCGCCAGCACUCUCACUAAGCUCCAUCCACACUUUGUCCACCAGCUCAGAGCAGGACUUCUCCUACCUCAGGGACUGGGGGCCUCGUUUCAGACAGCUGGCAGGAUACUAUGCCCCGGCACAGCCUGAUGAAGAAGGGUCCUAGCACUGCCUGCCAUCCUGUGCCUACUUUGCCAAACUAACAACACACUGCUGUUCUGUAGAGACUACUAAGUCCUGGAGCUGCUCACACUCCUUUACCUACCACUCUCCUCCAUCAGCGGGUGAUCACUGGAUCUCAGUGUUUUCUGGACAUUUUACUAAAACAGAGAUAGUUUGCCUUUUCAAAAGAUUAAAAAGUGGAGGAUGAACAGUCUAUGAGCAAGGGGUUGGGCAGGACUCCAAUAAACCUAGCAGGGUGUGAAACGAGAGCUGGGCUGUGCUAUAUGCACAGUGCUGAACCCACACUGUUCCCUAUCUGGAGGGUUUUCUUUGUGUGUGUGUGUGUGUGUGUGUGUGUGUGUGUGUGUGUGUGUGUGUGUGUGUGUGUGUGUGUGUGUGUGUGUGUGUGUGUGUGUGUGUGUGUGUGUGUGUGUGUGUGUGUGUGUGUGCGCUUCUUUUUUCUCUUUUGGUGAGAGCAAAAUCUACUGAUUGAUUAGGAGAGUAAGAAGAGGACACCGUGCAGCAGAACUGGGGAGGUUAUUUUCUAAGCCAAGACAAAUUAUUCCCAGAUGAAAAUAUGUUAUUUAUUUAAAAAAAAAGGAAAAAAAGAGAAGAUAUUUAUGUAUUUAUUGUUUCUAUUUAUUUAUUUAUUUAUUCCUCCAGGUUAAAGUACAGUAUACUGGACUGGACUUAAUUAUUGACUAGAGAAAUGUAAGGAUGGAUGAUACAGACUGAACAUCCCUGAGACUAUUACAGGCAUUGACAUGAUGGUGCCAUUGUGAGUGAGAGAUCUGGGCCACAGCUUUUCAAAAAAAUUACUUAUUUUUCAGAUUUUUUUUUUCUUUUUUCUAAAAUACAGGCCUAUGCUGGGAAAUGAUGUAUAAAUAUUAACUACUCACUCAGUCAGAGGUUUUGUUUUUGUCUUUUCAUACAUUUUAUGUAUUGUGUUAAUCUUAAAUUGAUUAUACAAGUCCAUAUUGUGGGCAGUCAGAUAUUUGUUGUGUGUGUUAUUUUAUUUUCCUUUUGAAACUGUAUUCCAGUGCUUAAUUUUGGGGACAAUAAGGAACAUAUAACCACAAGAGACAGAAGCGUCAGAUACUCCACAUUUUUGAUCAGUAUUUACAUGGAUAUUUACAUUUUGCAGCCAUGUUCAUUUCAGAUUCUGUGACUGUGUUGUUUAUAUUCUAAUCUGGUUUCAAGACUGGGUGUUUUGAUUGGUUUUAUUUAGUUUAAUCUUUAGUAUUGGUUGAGGCUGAUGAAAGGGGAUGAGUAUAUGAUUAGAAGGCCUGGUUACACUAAAUCCUUUUUGAUCCAUGACAACUCUGUUGAUGUAGUUGCUUAGAAUGCUCUCUACAUUAGUUACACCACAGCAGUACUAAUCAGUACUACAGUAAUUCAGUCAGAGUGCAUUUUAUUCAUACAAGACAUUUUAUCAAGUCCAUCACAGACCAGAUGUUUAUGAACAUUUUUUGUAAAACUAAAAAUGGAUUGAUUUGUCCCAUGACCAAAAGUGUAUCCAGGUGUUAAUACCUAUUUAAGAGGCUUUCAUCACCCACAGCCAAUAUCUAGAGACAUUCUGUUGCCAACCAUAUCCAGUAUCAGUGUAUGGAUUAAAUGUACAGUUGAAAUCAAUAAAUAUUAAACUUUUUGU